AUGGGAAGGAGUGGUCCGAUAUUUGGUCGUCUGCUCGCUUGGUACCUCUUCUUCGGCGCGUUCUUCUUUCCACUGAUGGCCGCGGUAGGCGCGCCUCCACCGCGGUACAGAGAUGCCGGCCUUAGCGUCGAGGAACGCGUCGAGGAUCUCCUCUCCCGCAUGACUCUGGCGGAGAAGAUCGGACAGAUGACGCAGAUCGAUCGUUCCGUCGCUUCGCCCGAGGCGCUCAUUCAGUUCGCCAUCGGUGUGCCUUCCUGGAACCUACCUCGCUUCUCCCUCCCCCCGCCUCUAGGGCGUCAUUUCUUAAUUUCUUCUCUCUAUCUUCCCUGCUUCUAUAAUUCUCCUCUCUCUCUCUCUCUUCUCUCGCUCGCUUGCUAGAUCGGUUUCUAGCCUUCUUGAGCGUUUCUUGACUGGUAUUGCUGGUAGGGAGCGUGCUCAACGGGGGUGGGAGCGCGCCGUCGCCGGCCGCGGACGCGACGGAGUGGGCGGACAUGAUCGACGGAUUCCAGCGGUCUGCCCUCUCGACGCGGCUAGGCAUUCCCAUCCUCUACGGGACGGACGCCGUGCACGGUCACAACAACGUCGUCGGCGCCACCAUCUUCCCCCACAACAUCGGCCUCGGAGCCGCCAGGUAACCACGAACCCGCCACCAGUUCAUAACCGUCUACGACUCCUCUCGCCUCUGCCAAUCUUUCCAGUUCGCUCACCGCUUUUGCUCAUCGAAUUCACUCGAGAAGGAAUGAGAAGUUGGUGGAGAGGAUCGGCAGGGCGACGGCGCUGGAGAUGCGCGCGACCGGCUGCCCCUACACCUUCGCCCCCUGCUUGGCGGUAAAACUUGGAUCUGUUUCUAAACACCGACAGUUACCUUCCGAUUUUGAAUCCCGUAAAGCUCACUGAGCGGGGCGGCGAUGCAUUCCGAGAUCAUCAGGUAUGUCGCGAUCCGAGGUGGGGGCGAUGCUACGAGAGCUACAGCGAGGACACGGAAGUCGUGCGCAGCAUGGCCAAGAUUAUCGCGGGCUUGCAGGGGACGCCGCCGCCGAGGGACCACGCCCGUGGCUACCCCUACGUCCACCCAUGGUAACCCCCCCCUUCUCCACCACUGUCUGGUUACUCUCUCUCUCUCUCUCUCUCGCUCAUAUUUCCCAUGGGACAGGGGUAGGAGCGUGGCUACCUGCGCCAAGCACUUCGCCGGGGACGGUGGCACGACGGGCGGGGUGAACGAAAACAACACAGUGGCCGACUACCCAGACCUCUUCCAUGUCCACAUCCGGCCUUACCUCGACGCCGUCGCCAUGGGGGUCUCCUCGGUGAUGGCAUCCUACUCCAGCUGGAACGGCGUCAAGAUGCACGCUAACACCUACCUUCUGACCAGGGUCCUAAAGCAGGAGAUUGGCUUCCAGGUUAGACAAGCACCCGCUCCUCCUCUAAUCUCGGCCAUCUCGGGGGAUUAACGUGAUUGAUGGUGCCGUUGUCCUCUGCUGCAGGGUUUCGUGGUCUCUGACUGGGAGGGCGUCGACAGAAUAGGCCCGGACUACAAGAACAGCGUCAAGUUGGCGAUCAACGCUGGAGUCGACAUGGUCAUGGUCCCCUACAACUUCCGACAGUUCAUCUCCGACCUCACGGAUCUGGUCCUCUCCGGCCAGGUGACGAUUUCGAGGAUCGAAGACGCCGUCCGGCGGAUCCUGAGGGUGAAGCUCGUGAUUGGCCUGUUCGAGCGGCCCAUGGCCGACCGCUCCCUCUCUGGGAUGCUCGGCCACGCGGUAAGCGAGCUAUAUCCAACCCACCGUCUCCACCUCCCACAAGGCCGACCUCACGGACCGUCGCCGGAGAGCAGGCCCAUCGGACGCUGGCACGGGAAGCCGUGAGGAGGAGCCUGGUGCUGCUGAAGAACGGCGAGGGCCGGGGGAAGGAGUUGCUGCCGCUGAGCAAGACGGCGUCGAAGAUCGUCGUCGCGGGGAUCCACGCCGACGACAUCGGCCUCCAGUGCGGCGGGUGGACCAUCACCUGGGCCGGAGGCCCAGGCAACACCACUCACGGUCCGUACCACUUCCUUCUUCUUCCUCGGUAUCUUUGGCCCCCGCCCGAAUGCUUCUCCGAGAGCGUUUUGUCGCAGGGACGACGAUCCUCGAAGGGAUCAAGGCGUCGGUCAGCCGGCGGACGGAGGUGGUCUUCUCGGAGGAGCCGGACGAGCAUUUCGUGGCGGCCAACGCCGACGCGGCGUACGCCGUCGUGGUGGUGGGAGAGAGGCCGUACGCGGAGUCCCAGGGAGACGACCCGGUGUUGACUCUGCCGAGGGAGGCGGUGCGCACAAUCACCACCGUCUGCCGAAGGAUCAGGUGCCUGGUGGUCGUCAUCUCCGGGAGGCCGAUAGUUUUGGAGCCGUACGUCGGCGCGGUGGACGCCCUGGUGGCGGCGUGGCUGCCGGGGAGCGAGGCCGGGAAGGGGAUCGCUGACGUGAUCUUCGGCGACUACGACUUCACGGGGAGGCUGCCGAGGACGUGGUUCAGACGGGUCGACCAGCUUCCCAUGAACCUCGGAGAUGCUCACUACGACCCGCUCUUCCCGUUCGGGUUCGGGCUCUCCAUGAACAUCCCCCCGCCCGACCUCUCGUCCUCCUGA